AUGAUGUCUGCAAAAGAAAUGGUUAAAAUAAUGAUCGUCCUGUGUGCAAUUUGUUUUUUCGCAAAAUCGGAUGGGAAAACCCUGCAGAAGAAAACUGUAGGUGAAAUACAGCUUAUGAAUGACCGGCGUCAAUAUCUGAACAAGAAGGAAAGGCAGGAGUGGCUACAGAAGUUGCUGCAGGAAGUGAACACGGCAGGUGCUAUGGUUCCCAAGGAUGAUGUUUCCAGGAGGUCUCUAAGAAAGGAAGACAAUGUCCUGUUUGAGAGCCAUCAAAAACGCCUUGCAGAAGCAGACAAAGCUGAUGUGGAUGUAUUAACUAAGGUUAAAUCCCAGUGAAAACACAUCUAUCAGAGCACUGCUCCAGUCAGCCUCUAGGAGGGCAACACUAUUUACAUGCUGCUAAUGUUUCCACCCUCUAUUAUGAUUACC